AUGUUUCAUGGGUUAAAUACUAAUCAACGGUGUAAAUCGGAUUUCUUGGCUUUUAAAACGGAUAUAAGCAAAGCUUAUGGUCGUGUAGAAUGGUUGUUCUUGGAAGCGGUUCUUUGUAGGUUGGGUUUUGAUGAUAAAUGGACCUCAUGGAUUAUGUGGUGUGUCAGUUCAGUUUCUUAUCAAGUUCUUUUAAAUGGCCAGCCGCCUGGUUCUAUUGUCUCGGAGCAGAGUUUCCGUCAAGGGGAUCCUCUUUCUUCGUAUUUGGUUAUACUUUGUCCAGAAGUUUUGCUUGCUAAUAUUAAAAAGGCUAAGAGAGAGGAAAAGAUGAUAGUCUCUUCUUUCGUAAGGCAGAGGAGGCUGAAUGUAAAAAAUGUUAUGGAGAUCAUUGAUCAUUACGGUAAAGCCUCUGGUCAGGAGGAUAACCUUGCAAAAUCCUCUAUCUUGUUUAGGAAAAAAGUACCAGGACAAGUUCGAGAGCAGCAGCUUAAAACAGUCAUUAGAAUUUCUAAAGAAGGAGAAAUGGGUUCUUAUUUGGGUAUUCCUAAAAAUCUUCAGGCUUCACGUAAUAAGGCCUUCAGCUAUGUCCGUGACAGGUUGGAUGACCGGAUGAAUGGCUGGUCGGAUUUAACUUUCAAGUUAACGAGUGCCAUUUCUAAUUUCUGGUGGAGUUCCAAUGAUAAAGAUAGGGGCUUACAUUGGGUGGCUUGGGACAAGUUAUGUGACGAAAUUAAUAAUGGAGGUUUGGGAUUUAGAGCUUUGGAUAAAUUCAAUGAUGUGAUGCUGGCUAAACAGUAUUGGCAACUGAUUCAAUUCUCGAAUUCUCUGUUUGCUCGGGUGUUGCAGGGUCGGUAUUUUUGGAACAAACACCCUUUACUGGCUAAAAAGCCUCAUUCACCGUCGUUUGAUUGGAAGAUUAUUUACUCGACUAAGGAUUUAGUAAUGCAAGGUGCAAGGUGGCUGGUGGGAACUGGCACGAAUAUUUCGGUGUGGCGUGAUCCGUGGAUUCCUGAUCAAUAUCCUCGUCCUGCGAAUGGGAGAGAUAGGAAUAUAACAGGUUUUCAAGGUACACAGCUUGAACCAUAUGAGGUGAUUAAUCAGGCUGCAAGUGACAAAUUGUUUUGGGAGGAUGCUCAGUCUCCGGUAGUGGUUGCUACAGGGACUUCAGAUCCUUUGGAUUUGGUAGCUCCCUUGGUGCCUCCGGUUUAG